UAAUGCCCGUCUCUAAUUUCAUUUCACACGCAAAAUAAAAAUGUAAUAAAAAGAAAUUGAUAAAAUUCCGGUCGUAAAAUGCAACCUACUAGGCCAGGAGCCUAGUUUUUGAAUUCAAAAGAAAGUGAUUGAACCGCGUAAGAAAAAGCGAUUGAGAGAGCGAACGAGAGAGAGUGAGUGGAGUCCUGAACACUUAAGUUGGAUCCUGGUUCUGUUAAUCCACCCACGAUGAUGCCUUACAAUGUGCGAAGCGCCGGUGGCGGAAGCGUUGGCGGGAUUCUUCGCCGUACGGGUCAAUUAUCCGGACCCGGAUCUACGGUUCUGGGAAAUGGAAUUAGUUCUGGAGUGACAGGGGUCGGAGGAUCCGUCACGAAUGUGGAAAACCAUCGACAAACACCGUUGGAACUCCUCGUUUUUGGUUACGCCUGCAAGAUUUUUCGGGACGACGAGAAGGCCCGUGAAAUGGACCACGGCAAGCAGCUAAUUCCCUGGAUGGGCGAUGUAAAUCUCAAGAUAGACAGAUACGAUGUCCGAGGCGCCCUCUGCGAUCUGACGCCCCACGAGGCGCCACCAGGUGGAUAUGGCAAUAGAUUGGAAUACUUGAGCGCCGAGGAACAGCGUGCCGAGCAACUUUGCGAGGAAGAACGCUACCUAUUCCUCUACAACAACGAGGAGGAGUUGCGACUGCAACAAGAGGAGGACCUCAAGCGGCUGCAACAGGAGACCUCCGGCGGCAACUAUAGCCAGGUGGGCUUCCAGUACGAUGGCCAAUCGUCGGCCUCGGCUUCCCUUAGCGGGUCUUCCAUGGCGCCCUCCCAACUUUCCCCGGCCUCCGAGGAAAGCGAGCUGCCCUUCGUUCUACCGAACACCCUGAUGAUGGCACCUCCACUGGGAAUGCAACUGCCAGAGACGAUGAAGCAGCACGCCAUCAUCGAGAAGACGGCUCGCUUCAUUUCCACCCAGGGCGCCCAGAUGGAGAUCCUGAUUAAGGCGAAACAGGCCAACAACGCUCAGUUCGACUUCCUAACCCAGGGUGGUCAGUUGCAGCCCUACUACCGCCAUCUCUUAGCCGCAAUCAAGGCGGCCAAGUUUCCGCCCGCUCCUGAGAGUUCGCUGGAUCAGCAGAAUCCCGACGCAGAUUCACAUUCAACUGACUUUCACGAGGGGCGGGGGGAGAGGAGGAACCCGAGCCAUGUUGUCAUCACUGUGCCCACCAUUAAGUACAAACCCUCGGCCAACUGCGCUUACACCCAGUUGAUCAGCAAGAUCAAGGGUGUGCCCCUGCAAGCGGUCCUGCUGGAGGAUGAGUCCAGUAACCCUGGCGGAAACUCCCAACACUCGGGUGGCACGGCCUCACCGACGCCCAGCUGCCGAUCGGAAGGUCACAACAGCCAAGGCGGGGAGUUCACGCCUGUGCUGCUCCAGUACAACGGAAGUACCUUCACCCACGAGGAGGAGACGACACCCCAGGAGCAGCCGGACGUGAGCGAGGGCAAUAGUGGCGAGCCGCCGCAAGUGGAGCUGCUGAAAAACACAAGUGCUUUGGCCUUGGCACAGAACUACAGUUCCGAAAGCGAGGAGGAGGAGCAAGUGCAGCCGGAGAAGGAGCCCGAAAAGACACCCGUACUGACGUUCCCCGUUCCGGAGGAGAGUCUCCGGCACAUAAUAGAUAAGACGGCAACGUACGUAAUUAAGAAUGGGCGCCAGUUCGAGGAGACCCUGCGGACGAAGAGCGUGGAUCGUUUUAGUUUCCUGAUGCCGGCCAACGAGUUCUAUGCGUACUACCUGUACAAAGUGACUGGCGAUGUGGAUGCGGCUUCGAAGGAGGAAAAGACACGCAAAGCGGCCGCCGUAGCUGCCGCCUUGAUGUCAAAGAAGGGUCUCAGUUUUGGCGGGACGGCAGCAUCCGCGGCUGGGAACCCUCUGGACAAGGCCCCUGAGACCAGCGACGAGGAGGCCAGUUCGGUUGGCGGUGCGGAACAAGUGCGUCCUGGCAUGCCAGACAGUGUGCAGCGAGCCAUUAAGCAGGUGGAGACACAGUUGUUGGCCAGGACGAGCGGCCAGAAGGCAGGCGGCAGUUGCUCUUCUUCGCCACAAAAAGAACAGCGCCAAGCUGAGGAACGAGUAAAGGACAAACUGGCACAGAUUGCCCGUGAUAAGCUGAACGGAAUGAUUUCCCGGGAAAAGCAGUUGCAAUUGGAGCGAAAGCGCAAGGCAAUGGCAUUUUUAAAUCAGAUAAAAGGCGAGGGUGCCACUGUGGGUCCGACGAUGGCCGGUGCUGCUGUGAAUCCUGAGCCUGCAUCAGGAGCUUCUCAAUCGGCGUCCGCCGAUAGUGACAAUGAGUCCAACGAAUCUGUGCGCUCAAUACCAAUCACCUACUUUGGCCCGGACGACGAUGAAGAAGGAGACCAGAAGCCUGAGGUAAGAAAUGCAAGGAGAACGCAGGAGGACGGCGAGGAGGAUGAAGACGAUGAUGAUGAGGAUGGAGGGGAUUUGGAAAAGUACAAUCUGCUAAACGAUGAUAGCACAAACACCUUCACCAGCAAACCAGUGCUUCCUCCGGCGGCUCCUCCUCCACCUCCUCCUGCUGCCGUUCUCCUUUCCGACGAUGACGACGUCCAGGUAGUGGCGACAUCCUCAUCACGAUCCUCCAGCUCGCGCCACUGCAAACCCCACCGCCGGAGCAGAAGUCGCAGUCGAAAUGGCAGAAGCAAAAGCAGUCCCAGCAGUGCUUCCAGUCGCGAAUCUUCCCACCGACGGCGGCAGAAGAGCAGUAAAUCCUCAAGGGAGCCAUCAUCGUUACCGGCCAGAAAAUCACAGCAGCCCGCGCAGAGUAGAAAAAGCCACAAGAAGAGAAGACGGAGCAAGAGCAAAAGCCUGUCCAAAAGCAUCCGGCGAAGUAGAUCGCGGAGCUACUCCAGCAGUAGAGAUGCCGAACAUCGGCGUCAGCAGUCGCGUCAUCGUUCGCCCACCAAGAAGAGCCAUAAGCGGCACAAGCGUCGCCGGCGCAGCAGCUCCCUCCGAUGAUCCACCUGGUACCCCUCAUCCACUUCUACAUUUCAAAGUUUUUCCUAGUUCACAAGUUGUAUCAAAUAAAGCACCAACGUAUUUUUGUAAA